UUAUAAAUUAUCUGGUUCAGAAGUAGAUGAAAGGAGUAUCCAAAGUUGUGAUUCUUAUAACACUGAGUAGUUAAAAGUCUGAAAAAAAAUCCAGUAGAUCAAAGUCUGAGAAAAGAUAUUCCUGUCCUGAGUCUGCUCAAAGUUCUAGUCGUAAAUCUAGUGUUAAGUAUAAAAAAAAGUCUGAUACCCGACAAACUGUUAGUGAUCAUGAGUUAAAUUUAUCUUCGAAGAAAAAAUGUUCAAGGUCCAGUAGUAAUAAAAGUUUAGAAAAAAAGAUGAGGCGAAUUCAUCUUCAUUUUAAACAAGAACAACAUCGUCGAAAUUCGGCUAUGAUUAAUAACAUACAGAAGAUGGAAGAAGAGCAUCAAAGACUUGUUAUGUGGCCUAAAAAUUUCAUUUGCCCAUCGAGGGUUAAUCUCAAGACUGUAAAACCACUAGAAUUACCAAAUAUAUCUGGGUUCACUAGACCUGACCCCGAAAUUAAUAAAAAUGAAGAUAUCAAUAUGGAAAUACUGCGAAAUCGAUUGCUUGACAUUCGUCAGUGGUUAAAAGACCUAUAUUUAGUAUAUAAAGAGCACUGUGAUUUAGCAGUGUCUGUAAACAAAACUUAGAAUUUAGUUACUGAAGAAUAAUAAAAUUAUGACAUGGAAAUUAGCUGACGUCAAUACUUUUGAAUUUUUUUAUAAACGAUAAAUUUUGAUAAAUUGCAGCUAUAGUUUUUGAAUUUUCUACAUUUGCAUUUUUUAUUAAAUUAAAUUAUUGAAAAAUUUUUCUUGCGCCUUGAAAUCCUGUUUUUUGGAUCGAAUUCUCAACAAUACUGAGAAGAAAAAUAUUUUCGAACCGUACAUUUUUACUACAAGAAAUUAUGCUAUUAAAUAUUUUCAAUCUACGAUAUUUUUGGUUCAAAAAUUUGAAUAUUCCAUUCAUAAUAAUUUUUUUAAUCCAAGAAACCCAAGUUUAUUUCAAAAUACCUUUUUCUUUUCAUUGCAGUAGUGUAAAUAAAUUUUGAUUUUCUUCUGUCAAAAAAAAUGCAGACAUUAUUUUAAAAUUUAUAUCCUCGAUCAAUUUAUGCAACUAUAAAGAUUAAUCGAAAUAGCUGACUUAAACUUCUAAUAAUAAUUAUUUAAUAUUUAUCACGGAUUUGUGUCAUGUAAUUACUUUAAAUAUUACGUUGGUAAACAUUAAAUACUUAAUGACUCACGCCUGUUGGAGACCUCAGAAAUGUAUAAAAAUUUAUUGAUACGAAUAUUUAUAAAAAAUGUUACAAAUUAAAUCCUUAAGUUAUCGUUUUCUUUACAAUUAUUUUUGAAAAAGUCAAGUAACACUGCAUUUCUUACAAUGCAGAAUAAAUUCGUUUCUUCACUAAUACCCUUGAUUCAAAUACAUCAGUGAUAGUCUUUUCAGUUUUAAAAUUUGGAUCGA